AUGGCGGAGAUAGCAUCCCUUGUACUUUCAACCGGCAUUACGUCGGCAGUUCUGCAGAUUGUUAUUGACAGAGUCACAAAAUCUGUUGAACAAAAGAAACACUUGUUCAAUGCGGUCGACGACAAUCUCAGAAAGCUAAAACGAACCCUGAUGAACCUUCGAGCUCGUGUUGAUGAUCUAGAAAAGAAACAUUGCAUCAUCAACGAAGCAGCAGAUGAUUUGCUCCAAGAUCUCCAGACUUGUUUUCUCGAUGCUGAAGAUUUGCUGGAUAAGAUUGGCUUAGGACUGGAAAGAUUGACUUGUUUGGGAGUGGAGGUCAACACUUGGAGUCAGGUACAUGACUUGAUCCCUUUCUAUUCUAGCAUACCGUCUGAGAUUACCGACAUGCAACUGAAACUGGCUGGGUUAGUAACUGAACUGGAAAGGUUUUCUACCGCAGAAAUUAGCCAGUUUACUAUUCCUAAUUCGACCUCAUUGGUUGAUGAAUGUUGUGUUUUUGGAAGGGAUAAAGAUAAGUACAAGAUGAAAGAUAUGGUGUUGUCUGUCCACGAAGUGGCAAAUGUUUCUGUAAUUCCAAUAGUGGGUAUGGGUGGGAUAGGGAAAACAACACUUGCCCAACUUGUCUACAAUGAUGCAGAUGUCCAUAAGAAAUUUGAUUUGAAAAUGUGGGUGUCUGUUUCUUCAGACUAUGGUCUGUUUAUGAUUACAAAAUCUAUUCUUGAGUCUGCUACUGGGGGAAGGGUUUCUCAGUUGUCGAGUUUGGAUAGUGUUCAGGUUGAAUUACAGAAGACAUUGAAGGGGAAGAGGUUUUUACUUGUACUAGAUGGCAUUUGUAACGAGAAUCUUAGUUAUUGGGAUCGAUUCAAGUUGUCUUUUGGGGCUGCAAAGAAGGGGAGCAAGAUUAUGAUGACUACUCGAAGUGAAAUUUCUGCCUCGAUUGUUGCCUCUACAUUCUAUCGUUUGGAUCCUCUGUGUGACAAGGCUUGUUGGGAAAUAAUCAAACAAAGAGGCAAUCUUGAUGGGCAGACUGAUUUGGAAGCUAAUGGCCUAGCAAUAUCGAAGAAAUGCAAAGGGCAUCCAUGGGUAGCCAAAGUGAUUGGAAGCAGUUUGCAUUCGGGAGAGAUGGAGUGGGAUGCUUUGUUAAAGAAUGAGUUUUGGGAACUGCAAGAACAUAAAACACAAAUCUAUCCAGGCCUCAAAUUGUUGAGCUAUGAUGAUAUGCCUUCUUAUUUGAAAAGAUGUUUCAGUUAUUGUUCUAUUUUCCCUCGUGAUCAUGUAGUUGAGAUGGAUGAUUUGGUGCAACUAUGGGCAGCAGAAGGCUUUAUUCGGUCUCAAGGAACAACAGAAAUUGAAGAUGUUGGAAGACAGUAUUUUGAAGACUUGCAUUCAAGGUCUGUCUUUUCGCAAGUUCCUGGUGUCAGUGGUGAUCAGCAGAGAUACAAAAUGCAUGAGCUCAUUCAUGAUUUGGCAAGAUUUGUUUCAACUAACUUAUGCUUUUGUAUGGAGGACAAUAUGCCAUGCUUGGCACCCAUAUCUCUUAAUGCUCGGUAUGCGUCUUUGCUUUAUGAAAAUGCUCAACUAUCUACACUGAAGGCAUUUUACAAGUAUAAGAAGUUGAGGACAUUUACAUUUCUUCCUAAAGUCCCAUCUAUACCGAGGCCAGGCAUGUUGCUUCCACAUUAUCCAUCCAAUCUUUUGGAAGUCCCUCAUGAGCUUUUUGAAAGGUUGGGAUGCUUGAGGGUGUUGAAUUUGAGUCGUAGUGCCAUCUCUAAAUUGCCGGAAUCUAUUGGAAACUUGAUACAUCUUCGUUACCUCAAUCUUAGUCAUACCCAUAUUGAACUAUUGCCAAAGCCUUUAACAACCAUUUGUGGGUUAGAAACAUUGAAGCUUAAGAGUUGUCCUAAGCUUCUUCAUUUGCCUGAGAACUUAAAGGACCUGAUUAAGCUACGCCAUCUUGACUUUGACAGACACCGUCAACUAAGUUCAAUGCCAAGAGAUAUUGGGAAGUUAACUAGUCUUGAAACACUGCAUGCAUUUAGAGUGGGAAAAGAGAAAGGAUAUCAGAUUGAGGAGCUUAAGGACAUGAGGUGUCUUCGUGGAUCCAUUUCUAUCACAAAUCUUGAGAAUGUGGCAGAUUCUUACCAGGCUGAGGCUGCUAUGUUACACAACAAGCAAUACCUAGACAGGUUGGAGUUGGAAUGGAAUGGAAUCAGAGGUCAAAUGCAACCAGUUCAACAAGAAGUUCUUACAGGUCUUGAACCACAUGCUGGGUUGAAAAAGCUACGAGUAGCAGGUUACUGUGGUUUGUUAUUUCCCAAAUGGAUAGAAAGCUCAGCAUUCAGCAAGCUUGAGAGUAUUGAUCUAGAAAAUUGCCCAUUUUGUGGACUCCUUCCUGCUCUUGGCCAGCUUCCGGCUCUCAAGGAACUUUUUAUUCAAAAUAUGUCUACUUUGGAAGUUGUGGAUCAUCUGUUCUGUGGUCAUUCGACUCAUUCCUCAGCUGCUUUUCAAUCCUUGGAGACGCUAACACUUCGUGACAUGCCGGAGCUGAGUAAAUGGUCAGGACUACGUGACAAGGACAUGCCUUGCCUCAGAAUCCUUAACGUUGGUUCUUGUCCAAAAUUGGCCACCCUACCUACAUUUCAGUACCUAAAAUCACUUCAAUGUUUAGACAUCAAUCGUUGCCCUCAGCUUCAAUCUUUGCCAGACGGAGGACUGCCACCCUCACUCGAAACUUUGAUCAUUUUGGAGAGUGACAUCUUGAAGAAUCGGUGCAAAGAGGGAGAAGGUGCAGAUUGGAAUAAGAUCAGAUGGAUCCCCAAAAAAUUGAUUGAAGAUAAGGUGAUUCUAGCACAAAGACCGGAUAGACCGGAUAACCAGAUUGAUGAGGUUAAGGAUGCUCCAGAAAGCUUGUUGAGUAGCAGAAACUCCUUGUUGGUUUGCUCUGUGAUUAUUUUUCCUCUGUUCGUCCUUUUUAUGAGAUCAUUGUACCAGUACUUGUCCCAAGCCAGAGAUUGAUUAUCAGUAGACUCCACCAGAGGAACGGGAUAAAUAGGUAA